CCUCGUUGCAAACCCCUUCCCGCAAGCUCUCACAAUUCCUGUUAUUGGACUGUCUGGUUUUUCCCUAUGCCUCCUGCGCCUUACCACGGCCUUGGCCGCUUGGGCCUCAUCGUGCUCGUUUCCAGCGCAACUAUUUGUGCGCCGCUGGCGCAUGCGUCAACCCAAGACACGUCCAGCAACAACAAUCUGAUCAAGGCACAAGACGGGCCAGUAGUACUGACUGCAACGCAAGAUGCUCCUGGCAUCCUGGUUCUCGACUAUGGCGUUGAGACGGAAGGCAUCCCGUCCUUUGACGUUGUCGCCACCGCCGGCGACACGUCUGUGCUCGAGAUUACCUACUCGGAGACAGUGGCCGCACUUGGUCGUUACAUGGGUGAUGGUCCGCUUCCGCUCGCAGCUGCCAUGGACACCUACCGCAUCAACGCCUACAACAUUUCAGCCCCUGGACAGGUCCGAAACCGCCUCAUCCAGGGAGGCUUCCGCUACCAGAAGCUCAAUCUCUCCUCCGUCGGCGAAAUCACCCUGCACAACGUUGGCGUUGUUCCGACCGUGCACAAGACACCUCUCACCGAACUGCCCGGUUCUUUCGCCAGCUCGGAUAGCUCGCUCAACGAAAUCUGGACUGCUGGUGCUAGAACACUCCAGCUCAGCGAGAUUCCCAAGAAUUCUGUGCCCGAGUUCUGGCAGGUCUCGAGCGAGGGUGUCCUGAUCGACAGCCAGGCCCCUCAAGCUGCGGUGGGCCUCGUCGCAGGCUCUUCAACUGUGUAUGGUCUCGAGUUCAAGGUCAAGCCUCUUGUCAAAGGUUUCGGGUUCUUAGUGCUCUCUGAUACGCUGAACAGCGGCAUCUACAUCUCGGUGGACAUCUCUGCGGGUACUAUUGCCGCGUAUGUCGGAGGCACAGCCCAGGACACCCUGCUUUCGAAGCAGGUGCUUUCCUCAGAUACGAUCAGAGGUCUAGACGCCUGGCACCAGGUCAACGUUGAAGUGGCUAUCACCGAGAUCAAAGUAGUGAUGGACGGUAUCAUGGUGCUCGAACUCUCCCAGACCAGCAAGUUUUACGGCUCAUACGGGCUCGGCGCUUCAUUCGGCCACCGCGCCGUCUUCAAGGACCUGAAAGCGACUGACGCUGCUGGUGCCACGACAUAUGAGCACUCACUGACUGACAAGAGCUGCUUCGACGACUUCCUCGUCGGCACGAACCCUCUCGACACGUCGGUAGACGCGACCCGCCGCGACCGCAUCGCGUACACCGGCGACCUCGACAUCGCCGGUGCCGCAGCCCUCGCAAGCACGCACGGCCUCAACUUUAUCCUCGGGACACUGGAGCUCUUCGCGCCCCUUCAGGCCACGCCUGGAUUCUUCGUCCCCACGGUCAAGAUCCAGCAGGGGCCCUCGGCACCAAUGGACUUCAACACGACCGGCCUAAUCGGCUACUCAUGGAAUCUUCUGACCGCGGUCGCCCUGACCUAUACCCAUACGGGCGACAUCGCCUUUGCCAGGACCUGGGCACCCAAGGUGCAGGCCAUGCUCGACUGGUCUCACUCCCAGGUACUCCCAGAGAGCGGCUUGUUCAACCUGUCCGAGCCCUCGUUCGGCGGCGACUGGAACUACUACGACCCCGUGCAGUCAGGCGUUGUGACCAAGUUCAACGUCGUCUACGCGUACGCCCUGCAGGAGACCACGAGACUCCUCGCCGACAGCGGCAUUGACGCCUCCAUCUACCAGGACCGCUUGGCCGCGCUCCGCACGGCUAUCGACGCGCAGCUCUGGAGCGACGAGCUCGGCGCGUACGUCAUCUCCGAGUCCAACCGCGCCGGCUUCGCCCAGGACGCCAACGCCCUCGCCAUCCUCGCCGGAGUUAACCAGGACCCGGCGCACUCAUCCGACGUGAUCCUGGCCACGCUCUCAGACCAGCUGUCCACCCCGCGCGGGCCCUUGGCCUUCUCCCCCACCGUUACAGCAGCCGGCUUCCGGCGAUACAUCAGCCCGUACGCAUCGGGCUACCACCUCCGCGCCGCCCUCGCCACGGGCAACGUCCCUGCGGCAAGGGAGCUGCUCGACACGCUGUGGUCCCCCAUGAUCGACGUGAAGAAUGCCAACUACACGGGCUGCCUCUGGGAGACGCUCAACGAUGCCGGCGAGCCCGCGUUCGGUCACGCGACGAGCCUCGCGCACGGCUGGGCCGCGGGCCCGACCGCCGAGCUCAGCCGCUUCGUGCUCGGCGCACGGGCUACGGCGCCGGGUUGGGCCACGUGGGCCGUGUCGCCACUGACGCUUGGCGAGCGGUGGGCGAGCGGUAAGGUCCCGACGCCCGGUGGCGGCGCGGUGGCGGUUGAGUGGAAGUUCUGCGACGACGGCGGGCUGCUGAGCAUGACGGUGCAGGCACCCGCGGGGACUAAGGGCGUGGUGACACUGCCGGCGCCGCUUCUGGUGAGUGCCGAGGAGACGGUAAUCUGGGUUGAGGGUGUGAUUUUUGGUGGUACUUCUUUCGACGUCGAGGGCGGGGCUGCGGUGCAUAUCGUCCAGUUGCGCAAGUAGUCCAGGAGCAAUAACGGCAUGGUUGGACGCACUGAGCAAAUCGGUCACGGGAGCUUUCGGUCAAAACCAAGAAACUGAGAAGAACUACCGGGCCACAUGAAUCUGUCUAUCUGACCAACAUAGAUCACAACAUGGAAGUUCCCCAACUCACAAACCCACUUGGGCACAGAACUUCACAUCACAACACACACCAAUGGCCCAUUCUGACCCGUGUAAUACUCUCACAUAGAUAGAUAGAUUAGAUAGAUAUAGUUGACUAAAUUUCCUGUGAUUUGAC